AUGACCUCUGGCUCUAACAAUCUACAAGAUGCUGAACAAGGACGCGAUAAAACUCAGGCCUGGCACCCAAGUAAGCAGGUCAAGCUCAUCGUAGCUGUCCAGGCUUUUGUUUGCUUUGCGGUAGCUUUGGACUCUACGAUACUGACUACGACAUUGCCGGCACUGUCGGAAGCGUUGCACACAAACACCACUCAGACCUUCUGGAUUGCAACAUCCUACCUCUUGACCUCGGCAAUCUUCCAACCACCUAUUGCAGCUCUGGCUGAUGUCUUUGGUCGUCAAGCAAUGUUCCUCCUCGCAAUCUCACUCUUCACUAUUGGCUCCAUUAUAUGCUGUGCCUCGCAUGGUAUAGUCAGUAUGCUCGUUGGGAGAUCUAUUCAGGGCAUCGGUGGCGGCGGUAUCCUAUCAGUAAAUCUGAUCAUACUCAGCGACAUCAUCCCUCUCCGACAAAGAGCUCAGUACCAAGGCUAUUUGCAGCUCUGUUUCGCUUUCGGCUCCAACAUUGCACCUGUCAUUGGUGGACUGAUUGUCCAGAAAACUACCUGGCGAUGGUUGUUCUAUAUCAAUCUUCCCUUCUGUGCAAUCUCCUUGGUGACAGUACCAUUCACCAUACGAUACACCAGACCGAAGAUAACCACCAAGGAACAAAUUCUCUCGAUCGACUGGGUCGGAAUUAUGCUGAGCAUUGCAAGCACAACUCUGUUCCUAGUGGGGAUCAGCUGGGGCGGCACAGAAUAUCCCUGGUCCUCUGCUACCACACUAUGUCCUCUACUCAUCGGACUUGCAGGCGUUGUUCUCACCGUCAUCUACGAAACAAAGUACGCCUCAAUUCCGUUCCUUCGGAUGUCCAUAUUCGAGAAUCGCUCCGCCAUUGCAGCGUAUGCUUGCACUGUGCUCAUGGCAUUCAGCGUCUACGCCACUGCAUACUACCUGGUUCUCUGGCUCCUCGCCAUCAAAGAAAUGUCGGCAGUCAUGGCAGGAGUAUGCGAAUUGCCUCUUGGAUUGACUAUCGUACCCAUCAGUGGCCUCACGGGCGUCGCAGUUACACGAUUAGGCAAUUAUCAAUGGGCUAUCUGGCUUGGUUGGGUGCUCUCUUCACUAGGCAUGGGUGUCAUGGUCCAGCUCCAUCCAGAUACCACGACCGUGGCCUAUGUCUUUAUGUUCAUCUGCACGGGCACAGGACUAGGACUAUUGUUCAACUCUCUCAGCGCCGCGGUCCAAGCUAUUUCUCCCACCAAGGACGUCGCAUAUGCAUCCUCCAUGUUUGCCUUUAUGAGGAGUUUGGGCUUAUGUCUCGGUGUCUCCAUUGGCGGCACAAUAUUCCAAAACUUCUUGGAAAGACGCUUGCAGCACUAUGGCCUGUCGCCAGAACUUGCAAAACAGGCCCAGGUGUAUAUCAUAGCUCUUCGUUCUCAACCGGCGUCGCCAGAAAAGUCUUUGGCCAAGGAGAUUAUCAAUUGGGCGUUCCAGAUGCUGCUUGCAACUUUGACAGGUAUCAGUGGACUUGGGCUGGUUAUUAGUGCCUUGAUUGGUAGAUAUUCUCUGGAUAAAGAGUUGGAUUCUGAACAUGUCAUUGCGUAG